AGCCGAGGGUGGCCACGAAAGUGCCUGCGCUUAGCUGCCGGCUGAACUCCCCCGGAACGGCGCUCAGCGUGCAGGAGCGGGGUGCUGGGUGCUCCCCAGGGUGUUCCCGCAGCACCUUGUGCCCCCCCUCUCGCUGCUUACCAGCAGGCAGUGUGGGGGCAGCCCGGGGGCCUUGCUUUCACAGCGUGGAGACCGGGCGGACUGGGCACCGGUGGGGUCAGGCGGCGCCCGGCGCGCGAAUCCCUCACCAUGUCCUACUGCCGGCAGGAAGGAAAAGACAAAAUUAUAUUUGCGACCAAAGAGGACCAUGCAACACCAAGCAAUGCUGAGCUAGUUGCAGAUGACCCCAAUGACCCCUAUGAAGACCACGGAUUGAUAUUGCCUAAUGGAGAUAUCAAUUGGAAUUGUCCGUGCCUUGGUGGAAUGGCUAGUGGCCCCUGUGGAGAGCAGUUCAAAUCGGCCUUUUCCUGUUUCCACCAUAGCACAGAAGAAAUAAAAGGAUCAGACUGUGUGGACCAGUUCCGUGCCAUGCAGGAGUGCAUGCAAAAGUUUCCAGACCUUUAUCCCCAAGAAGAUGAUGAUGAAGAGAAAGAAAAGCCAAGCAAAGAUCUAGAAGCUGCUUCUACAGAGGCCACUGUAACUGAAGAAGAGAAGGGAUCUAGCUAAUGAAGAUGCAAGGAGGCUAGAGUCUCCGCUCUCUGAAUUUAGAACCAUGAACUUUUGCAAAGAGUCUGUCUUUGAUUCUUCACGAAGUGUUUUACCAUUAAUGUUCUAAACACUGUAUCCUAUGAAUUAACUUAUUACAGGAGAGGAGACCUCAGCCCUAUGGUCUUAAUAGUAAGCACUGCAGAAAGAGCAAGUAGAUGUAUGUACUGUGUAAUGUGUUGGUGGACACCACCACUGCUUUAACAAUACUUUUUUUUCUCUCUAGUACUCAAUUUGCCUCCAAAUGUACAAAACAUUUCUUUAAACUGAGAAAUUCUUUAGCCAGUAUAUCAGGUCUAUAUCCAUUUCACUGUAUUUUGAUCAGUAGUUGCUCCUGUUUAAUGUAUUCUGUGCUGUUGAUAGAAAUUGCGUAAGUUGUUUUUCCUUACCUUCUCUGUUGGAGUGGUCCAGAAUGCUGACAUGAUCCGUUUAGAAAAUGCAAACUCUAAUUUCUACUGGCACAAUUAGAUACCGGUUGCAUUUGCUACUGAUCCCAGGUAAAAACUUUCUGGAAAAAAUGCUAAAAUAUUUGGCUUUUUUUAUAAUUUAAUUAUUGUUGCAUUUUGAAAAUUCUAUUGAGUAACCUAUGAUUUAAGCUUCAAGUGAAUGGGAAAAAUAGUGAUCACUGUGGUACUUGUUUUUUCUGAAAGCACUGCUUUUCAGGUCCCUCUGUUACUGCCUGCUCCUCCUGUAUGGUUAUAUUCUAACAAUAUAGUUUUGACAAUAAACUUGAAAUGUUACCCAGAGUAACAAUCUCAGAGCAGAUACUGUGACUUGUGCAUAUUAAACAAUGACAAUCUUUUUACCUUGAUUAAAAGCUCUUCUCUCUCU